UGUUUGUGAAUCUUGCUGGAAGUAGAUAGGAAGGACCCCAUACAACCUUUUGUUUUAAUCUCUGCCACUAGCGGUCGGCCAUGAUUUAAAGAAAGACUUUGGGUCAAGCAUGGGAACAACCCUUUUUAAAAAGCAUGGGAACAACCCUUUUUAUAAUUGUUUGUAAAUUUUCCAGUAGAUAGGAAUAACCCAAUUAAAUAUCCCCUGCAAAGAGACAUUUGCAUUGCAUCUAGCAAAGACCAGUUUUUGUGGUUUGAACAUCAAUCCACAUCAAUGGCUGUGACAACAUCUCAAGGAACCUCCUCUGAUUCCAAAAAAUUUCGGGGUUACCGAUACGACGUGUUCUUGAGCUUCAGAGGCGAAGACACUCGCAAGACUUUUACCGACCACCUCUACACAGCCUUGAACAACGCAGGAUUUCUCACGUUCCGAGACGACGAUGAACUUGAGAGAGGAGAAGAUAUAAAGCCAGGACUGCUGAAAGCGAUCCAGCUGUCACGAACUUCUGUUGUCGUGUUUUCGAAAGAUUACGCGUCAUCCAAGUGGUGUCUUGAUGAGCUUGUGCUGAUCCUUGAACGGAAGAAGACCACCUCGGACCAUGUAGUUUUACCAGUCUUCUACGAUGUUGAUCCGUCCCACGUGAGGAAGCAGACAGGAAGUGUUGGAAAAGCAUUUGCUAGAAGCCAGAAAAAUCAGUCGCCCGAAAAGGUGGAGGGAUGGAGGAAGGCACUUGCAGAGAUUGCAGAUCUAGCAGGCAUGGUCUUACAAAAUCAAGCUGAUGGGUAUGAGUCAAAGUUUAUUGAAAAACUUGUUAAAGUGAUUGGAGGCAAGUUAAGUCGCACACCAUUGAGCGUUGUACCAAAAUUAAUUGGAGUCGAAUCUCAAGUCAAAGACAUCAAUUUGUGGUUACAAGAUGGAUCAACCGAUGUCGGUAUACUAGUUGUGUAUGGCAUGUCUGGAAUAGGGAAGACAGCCAUUGCAAAACAUGUUUACAAUUCAAACUUUAGAAGCUUUGAAGGAAGUAGUUUCAUUGAAAAUAUCAGCGAAACAGCAAAUCGACCAAAUGGCUUAGUUCAAAUACAAAAGCAACUUCUUUAUGAUAUUUUGAACGACAGAGAAGUGAAAAUACAUGGUGUUAGUGAGGGACUAAGAAAGAUUGAAAGAGCCAUAAGCUCUAGAAGAGUGCUUCUUGUUCUUGAUGAUGUGGACCAUAUGGACCAAUUAGAUGCAGUACUAGAGAUGAAAGAUUGGUUUUAUCCGGGAAGUAAGAUACUUAUAACAACUAGGCGUGAAAGGUUGCUAAAGGCACAUCAAGUUACAAAUGUGCACAAAGUUGGAACUUUGUAUUACAAUGAGUCUUUAGAGCUUUUUAGUUGGCAUGCUUUUCGCCAGGAUCAUCCCCUUAGAGGUUACAUGGAAUAUUCAAAAAAGGUUGUACACUACUGCGAUGGACUUCCAUUAGCUCUAAAAGUUUUGGGGUCUUCUUUGUCAGGGGAAAGUAUUGAUGUAUGGGAAAGUGCAGUGGAGAAGCUAAAAGUUAUCCCUAAUGGUGAAAUCAUGAAUAAACUAAGAAUAAGCUAUGACAAUUUACAAGAUGACCAUGACCAGGAAUUAUUCCUCCACAUUGCUUGUUUCCUAAUAGGAAGGAACAAAAGCCACAUUGUUAGAAUACUCGAUGGAUGUGAUUUCUGUACAAUUGUUGGCAUUCAAAAUCUCAUCGAUAAAUGCUUGGUGACAGUUGAUGGAUGCAACAAUGUGAAAAUGCAUGACAUGAUCCGUGACAUGGGAAGAGAAAUUGUUCGCCACGAAUCAAAAGAGUCUGGAAAACGUAGUAGAUUAUGGCGCCAUAAGGAUUCUUUCGAAGUACUGAGGGAAAAGAAUGGUACACAAACAAUUCAAGGUCUUGCCCUGGAUAUGCGUAUGCAUCUUGCAAACAAACCAAUAAACACAAAUGAGACCGUCUUGGAAACCAAUGCAUUUGAAAGGAUGCGCAAUUUACAACUACUCCAUCUUAGUCAUGUACGACUGGAUGGAUGUUAUGCAGAUUUCCCUACAAGAUUAAGAUGGUUGUGUUGGCUUCAAUUUCCAUUGGAUUCUAUACCUGUUGAUCUUCCUUCGGAGUGUCUAAUUGUUCUUGAAAUGCAACAUAGUAGCUUAAGACAAGUCUGGAAAGGAACAAAAUUUCUUCCAUCGUUGAAGAUCCUUGACGUCAGCCAUUCCCAUUCCCUCACUGAAAUCAUGGACUUCUCACUUUGCCCUAGUCUAGAAGAAUUGAUUCUUGUUGAUUGCACCAGCCUGAUUGAUGUUCAUGAGUCCAUUGGAAACCUGGAGAGGCUCGUGUAUUUGAAUACGAAGGAUUGCAAGAAUCUUAGGAUGCUUCCGAAGAACAUGUGCAUGCUUAAAUCACUUGAAAAACUCAUUUUAUCUGGCUGCUCAAAUCUUGAAGAGUUUCCAGUGGAGAUGAUGAAAAAGAUGGUGUCUCUGAAAGUUCUUGAAAUAGAUGGAAUUCCAAUAAGUGAAUUGUGGCCAGAAAGAAGUUCAACUAUCUUGAGUUCUUUUCCAUGCUCUUUACUAGAGUUAAGUCUCAUGGGGUGCAAUCUUUCUGAUGAUGCCUUUUGUAGGGAUUUAAGUAGUCUAUCCUCGUUGCGAAAACUAAAGUUAGGUGAGAAUCCAAUUUGCAGUCUGCCAAGUUUUAUCAAAAGUUUGAGGAGGCUCGAUAAACUCUCUUUCAAGGGUUGUAAUAGACUCGAAUCGCUUGUGGGGUUGCCGAAAGUACACCAAAGGGUGAAUAUAGUCGGAUGCAUAUCAUUAAGAAAAAUAACACUUCUUUCCCCUGAGCCACCGUCUGCAACGUACAAGGGGGAUGGAGAUUGGAAUCGAGUUGAUUGGCAGUGCGGUUACAACUUAGAGCCUAUUGAUAGAGUUGAUGUGGAAAUGAUCAAACUUUUGGGCUUGUGCAACUUGGAAUCCAUGCCUGCAAUUCGAAUGAACAUGCAAUUAUUCUCACAUCCAAAAGUGAGCCCUGUCCAGGGACUGUAUGAAGUUGGUAUGUUCAGCACAUUUUUUGUUGGGAAUGAGGUUCCAGGCCGGUUCAGCUAUAAAAGUACCAAGUCCUCCAUAUCUUUUAGUGUCCCUUUACUCCCUUCUAGUCAUAGAAUCCGAGGCUUGAACAUCUUUGCUUCCUAUGCAAACGAGGAGAAUUCUAAUUAUAAUGAUGAUGGAUGGAAAUGGGUUUCAAACAUAAUCAAAGUGAGUAACAAGAGCAAGGGUCUGAAGUGGAUCUAUUCCCCAUCAUUCUAUGGUAUCCCAGGUGACGGAGAAGAUAUGAUAUGGUUGAGCCAUUGGAAGAUGGAGAACGAAACAAUAUUACAAUGUGGAGAUCAAGUGGUGGUUUCAGUAAUGACCGGACCAAAUAAGUUGUUUCGGAUAAAGGAGUUUGGUGUCGAGCUUAUGCAAGAGCACCAGAAUAAUAUGAUGAUAAGUACCCAACACAACACCAAAUCAGAUCCUAAUUAUCCAUUUGUCAUCGGGGGUGAUUUGUCCAUGUGGGAGCAUAUACCAAGAAUAUACUGCCUUGGUUUUGAUGGCGAAAUUGUUGAAGAGAGAUGGUUUAAUCGCCUCAUCAUGGACACUGAUGAAGAAGACACAGACAGAGAAGGGCAAGAGGAUGAACUUGAUUACACAAUUGCAAGGACGAGGGCUACCAGUAACAACUGCAGCCUCAGAGGCUGGAAGGUGCUCGUCACAGCUGCCGGAUUAUUUUUCACGCUUGCUCUAGUAGUUCGGUCCUCCAUCUCCCAGAAAAAGAAGCGACAAUAGUCCACAAGUCAUCCAUGAGUUUGUAAUUUUAUUCGAUACAGACAUCUUUGGGUAUACCAGGCAAGAAUCAAUUCAUUGAAUUGGGGGAAAAUAUUUCUGUAAAUGUCAAAUUUACAGAUAUUAAUUGUCAUUUACAACAAAAUCAUACAUCUUAAAGACUCGGCUCCCAUUGAAAAAUUGUGUAAAUUACAUAAAUAUCAGUGCAACAGAUAUUAUAUUGAAUAAUAUAUCAAAUAAAUUAACAGCAGACAAUUUCUUAGCCUGAGAUUCAAGGACUAUACAGCUGAUUCAGCCUUGCAUCGCUACUACACUACGGAAGCUGGUUUCUGCUUCUUCAACCCGAACAAAUUAUUGAGGUUAGAAAGCAUAGGAGAAAUGACCAUGGUCUCUGGAGCCAUGAAAUUUACUAUCUUCUCAUAAACAUU